UAUUCAUGUGCAAUCAUAAGACUCUAAAAGCUAGUGCAUGUUGGUUUGUUAUAGUUAUUCAAAGCUAUAAUUUAUUCUAUAACUUAUUUGUAUUUUUUUUAUUGAAAUCAUUAUUAGGCAAAAUGAAUUGAACCUUUGGACGUAAAACAUGAAGAAUCAUUAAAUGUUAAGUUUAUUUUAUAUGUGCUAAUAAGACAGAGAAAUUAGUAGCCAUAGACGAAUGAGACUAUAUCGCGCAUAACGUUUAUUUAGAAAUUUUCAACGUCUUAAAGAAGAAAGAACAAAAAUAAUAUAUUUCGUCAAAUAAUUAUUAGUUUAUAACAUAUUCUGAUAUCAAGUUUGUUCAGUCUUUCCUACAUUGUGUCAAAUGACUGUGGAUGGUACUAACAGCAACGAACAAGUUAUUCUCGUAACAGGUGGUUACGAUCAUACUAUCAAAAUAUGGCAACCUCACACAGGAGUUUGUCAACGUACUGCAGAACACACAGAUUCGCAAGUCAAUGCCUUAGAUAUAACUCCGGACAAAUAUCUAAUAGCUGCUGCCGGAUAUCAACAUAUAAGGAUGUACGACUUAGUUUCAGAUAAUCCAAACCCAAUCAUUAAUUAUGAAGGAGUAUCAAAGAAUAUUACAGGCUUGGGAUUUCAGGAGGAGGGUAAAUGGAUGUAUACUGGAGGAGAAGACUGUUCAGCGAGAAUUUGGGAUCUCAGAUUGUGCAGCUUUCAAUGCCAAAGAAUAUUUCAAGUGUCAGCUCCUGUAAACUGUGUUUGUCUGCAUCCGAAUCAAGCAGAACUUAUUGUUGGUGAUCAAAGUGGUGUUAUACAUUUAUGGGAUCUACGUUCAGAUCAUAACGAGCAAUUGAUACCAGAGGCUGAAGCGUCUGUGCAAGAUGUUGCGAUUGACCAGGAUGGUACAUAUAUGGCAGCAGUAAAUAACAAAGGCCACUGUUAUAUUUGGACACUUACUGGAGGUGUAGGCGAUGAACCUACCCGUCUUAAUCCUCGUCACAAACUUGCAGCACACAAACGUUACGCACUUAGAUGCAAAUUUAGCCCUGAUUCUACACUUUUAGUGACUACGUCUGCUGACCAAACUGCGCGUGUUUGGAAAACCACAGAUUUUUCGGAGGUACAAAUACUUCAACAUGAAGCAAAACGAUGGGUCUGGGAUGCUGCAUUUAGUGCAGAUUCACAAUACAUAUUUACUGCUUCAUCCGAUGGUGUUGCAAGAUUAUGGAAUGUAUCAACAGGAGCAGUAGAACGAGAAUAUCAGGGUCAUCAAAAAGCAGUUACUGCUCUUGCAUUUCGUGACGAAGUACUUCCUACUUCUUAAACGAAUUGUACAUUUGUUUAAAUUUUUGAAUAAAAUAUUGUGUUUUCAUGAACACAAUAUUUUUGAAUAGUAAGAAAUAUCGUUUUAGCUUGUAAUUUACAUUAAAUUAUGUUAUUCGUG